AGCACUCAACUGAGGGCGCCCUUUUCGCAAACAGCAUCUUCUAGGUUCCAACAAUGGCUUCCCGAUACCUCGUCUUCCUCUUCCUUCUCCUCUCCUUUACUACUCUUCUCAUUUCCGUCGUCGCUGAACAUGACUUCGUUCGCUCGAUCGAUCGGAAGCUCCUUGGUCUCAAGAAAGAGAAGCUCAGCCACUUCCGGUUUUACUGGCACGACAUCGUCAGCGGCCACAAUCCCACCUCCAUCCCCGUCGUUCCUCCGCCGGUCAACUCCACCACCGCCUUUGGACUGCUCAACAUGAUCGAUAACCCCCUGACAAUGGGUCCGAAAAUGAGCUCCAAAAUGGUGGGAAGAGCUCAAGGGUUUUACGCGUCGGCGUCGCAGAGCGAAAUAGGUCUUCUGAUGGCGAUGAAUUUCGCGUUCAUAGAAGGGAAGUACAACGGAAGCACCAUCACGGUGCUGGGGAGAAAUCCGGUGUUCAAUAAGGUGAGGGAGAUGCCGGUGAUCGGAGGAAGUGGCCUUUUCCGAUUUGCCAGGGGAUACGUGGAAGCUCGAACCCACUGGUUUGCUCCCAAUUCAGGGGACGCCAUUGUUGAGUACAAUGUUUAUGUUAUGCAUUAUUGAUGCCUCUCCUUCUUCUAAUUCAAUUCCAGACUGUUCUUUUUGUGGUGUUGGUGCUCUGAUCCCAGCUAUUCUUACUCAGCUGUCUGGGAAUGUGAUGGUCUGUUCAACUUUUGCUCUGAUUAUUAUUUUCUUAGACAGAAUUUUUUUUGGGGGGGGGGGGUGGUUUACUUUUAGCUUGUCUUCUUCUGUUUAGAAGGAUGGUGAUCACAAUAAUUUAUGCUUCUCUCUGUAUCAUCGUUUCUGAUCGUCCUCAUUUCCUGAAUGAUGACCUUCUUCUUAUAGACAAACUUCUGUGUUUCA